AUGUCCAACCAUCCCACCUCCCCCAUCUCGGUCCCACAUGCAGAGAACCGUCGACGUCGUGGUUCCAUCGCCGACAUAUUCUCUAAGCCAAGCAACCCAUCCAAUACCCAUGUUGCAAAUCAGCAGUUCAACCAGCGUCGGCUGUCAAUCACCACGCUAGGCCUAUCUGGUUCCCCCACCCAGGCAUCCGCCUUCGGUGGCAACCGCAACUUCCGUCAAGGUAGCUUAUCCAGCUCUAUGGGCUCCAACGUCCCGAUCGAGGACACCCUCGAGGACGAUCAGGGAAUAGGAACAUCGCCCAACUCGCAGUUCGGGAGACGCGUCUCCUUUGGUGCACAGGCCCUCCGUGAUGCUCGUGCAGGAAGCAUAGGCAAUGGUAGAAACUACCCCCCUCCGUCUGCCGUGGGCCCGCGCCGUUCCCCUCCGGCCGGCUCGGCCAUUGUUGCUACCCGUUCUUCCGCAAGUACUUCAACGUUUCCUCAGGAUGAGAGAUCUAACGCACCACGCCGACCCUUAGGCGAAGGCUUUAACUGGUCAGAGGCCCUCCGCUCUCGUGCCGAGCGUGCUCCUUCCCUCGGCGGCCCUGUCUCCCCCCAGGCAGCCCAGCGUGCCGCUUCAAUUGCGUCUAUGGAGCAGCCUAGCCGGGAAAUGCCCCGUCAGCCUAAGCAGAACAAGCCGGAUUUCUUCCAGGAGAAGAUCUUGAGGGGUGACUUUAUGGAUUAG